AUGGUCAGUGCUCACGAGCUUCUCCAACGCCGGCAGCCGCACCACGCUAACACGCCACUGUACCCCGCCAGCGCCCCAUCCUGUUGUCUGGUCACGAGCGAUCCUUGACGCGUGCGUAAUACCCCCGUACACUCACCCGCCACCUCCACCUUGAGCCCAACUAAGCUCCCACCUCUUCACGCCCAACAGAGGUCAAGUACAACGCCGAGGGCGACCUGCUCUUCUCGGCGUCCAAGGACCACAUCAUCAACCUGUGGCACUCGCACAACGGCGAGCGCCUCGGCACCUACGAAGGCCACAACGGAACCGUAUGGACCAUCGACGCCGACUGUUAGUGUUCUUCGCCACGUUCUCUUUCUGAUGUCGGAUGUCCUGGGCAGUCUGGGGGAUCAUGCGCGAAGCAGCGGAAGAGGAGCUGGACCACCCCGACGAGACGACGACCUGCGAAGCUCUCGACAGAGCGGCCAAGCAGGCAGUGCCAUCCCAUAGGGGAAUGAACCCAGCUGGGGCGGGAGAUCAACGGAGCAGUCAAUCCAGAGGAAUCAGCUUGGGCAUGUCCCUGUUGCGAGGUCGAGGCGGGAUGGCUAGAGCACGGCGCAUGGAAGGGGGAACGGGAAUAAGACGGUCGGGGUGGUGGUGGUUCGACUCAGCGCACGUUGACUGUGUGCACUCGUGCUCUCCGACAUUACAUAAUUACUUGCUACGUGAAUCUGAACUGACACUUUAAAUACCUUUCUCUUCAACAGCCACCUCAACCUACCUCAUCUCCGGCUCCGCCGACAACAACCUCAAGCUGUGGGACGUGCGAACAGGAACAUGUCUGUACACGUGGGAAUUUCCGACCGCGGUCAAGCGCGUUAUGUGGUCCGAGGACGACUCCAAGAUUCUCGCCGUGACCGAGCAACGCAUGGGCUUCAAAGGUGCCGUGCGAGUGUUCGAGAUUAACCGCGACGACCCGACCAAGCAGUCCGUCGAACCCUUGUUCCAGAUCGAAUCGACCGGUUCAAAGGCGACCGUCGCGGCGUGGUGCGCAUUGGACCAGUAUAUCGUCACCGGUCACGAGAAUGGUUACCUCAACCUGUGGGACAUGGACGGAGAACUUUUUUACGAAAAGGAGGACCGCGCCCACAACGACCUCAUCACGGAUUUGCAAAUGGCGCCCGACGGGACCUACUUCAUCACCUCGUCCAAGGACAAGUCGGCCAAGAUCUGGUCGAUUGGGCCGGACAAGAACUCACACGGCGACGAGGACUACCUCACCUUGAUCAAGACCUUCACCGGUGAACCGCCUUUGAACUCGGCCGCCAUCUUGCCGGGGAAACCUUAUGCGCUUCUCGGUGGUGGUCAGGAGGCCAUGGCCGUCACAACGACGGGUGCGCGGCAUGGUCAUUUCGAAGUCCGUUUCUGGCACCUCGUCUUUGAGGAGGAGGUUGCGCGCGUCAAGGGUGGGUUCGGGCCUUGCAACACCAUCGCCGUGCACCCGCAGACCAAGGGUUACGCGAUCGGCGGCGAGGACGGUUAUGUUCGAGUUCAUCAGUGAGUACCAUGCAUCAAUGUUCUUGUUUGGGCUUCGAGUUCAGCAUCCUGAUCACUUGGUUGUUCCCCGUCCUACAGCUUCGAUGACGACUUCUUCGCAGCCAAGCCGUACGGCGCCUCCCUCGAGCCAGAGGAUUGA